AUGGAGCGAGCCCUGGUGGCCAGUGAGCGCAACAUCGAGUGGCUGAGUCGGAUGAUGGUGGAGCCGGAAGGAGGAAACUCUCUCACCUCGCCUUCCUGCUUCAUAUUCUCUGCCUGGUUUAGGAGGAAGCCUUUUGCCGGGGGCCCGGCCUGGACACUGGUCUCCAGUCCACAUUCUCCGGCCCAGCUCUCCAUCUCUGGGGACAUGGCAGUCAGGAUCUCCUCUUCUUCUGCCUGUUUCCUUGUCAAGAGUCUGGUGACUUGUGAUGAGGUGGCUGUGUAUUUCUCCAAGUCUGAAUGGGCUCUGCUGGAUCCGGACCAAAGAGCCCUGUACAAGGAAGUCAUGCUGGAGAAUUAUGGGAUGGUGGCCUCUCUGGAGCAUGAAAGCAGUUGUUUCGGAACGCCUGAAUGUUACGGAUUCAGGAAUAAUUGCUUUUGUCUGAAAGUCGUUCCCAAACCUGAUCUGAUCUCCUGGUUGGAAGAAGAGGAAGACCUUUUUAUCAGCUAUCCCAGAGAAGGGGAGAGAUCACCGGAACGUCUGUCUAUUUCUUCAGGAGAUGAGAGAGAGUGUGAGAAAGGACAGCAGCACAGGAGGGAAACCGAAGUAAACCAGGAGCAGCAGCAGAAAUCCGUUUUGUCAGAUGGAGCUGUCGUCGGUGGAAUUCCAAUCCAACAAGAAGGUUAUGAGAAAAUGAGGAUGUUCCCUCUGUGCACAGAAGUAUUUACUACUAAAUUAAGCCUUAGCCCACAUCAAGCAACACAGCCUGUAGAGAAAUGCUUAGAGCGUGAAAAGACCUACAGUUGGAGUUCACAGCUUACGGGCCAUUCAGGAAUCCGUGUAUGGGAGAAACCGUAUAAGUGUUCAGAAUGUGGAAAAGGAUUUACUUAUAAAACAAAUCUUGUUUCCCAUCAAAGAAUUCACACAGGGGAGAAACCAUAUAAAUGCUUAGAAUGUGGAAUGUGUUUCAGUCAGGGCUCAGUCCUUGUUUCCCAUGAAAGAAUUCACACAGGAGAAAAACCAUAUAAAUGUUCCGAGUGUGGAAAGUCCUUUACUAAGAAAGGAAGCCUUACUUCCCAUCAAAGAAUCCACACAGGAGAGAAACCAUAUGAAUGCUUGGAAUGUGGAAUGUGCUUCAGUCAGGGUUCAAGCCUUGCUUCCCAUCAAAGAAUCCACACUGGGGAGAAACCCUAUAAAUGCUCACAGUGUGGAAAGAGGUUCAGUAAGAGCUCAAACCUUGUUUCCCAUCAAAUUAUCCACACAGGAGAGAAACCAUAUAAAUGCUCAGAAUGUGGACAGUGCUUUACUAAGAAUGGAAGCCUUACCUCUCAUCGAAGAAUCCAUACAGGGGAGAAACCAUAUCAGUGCUCAGAAUGUGGAGUGUGCUUCAGUCAGGCCUCAAGUCUAGCUUUCCAUUAUAGAACCCACACAGGGGAGAAACCGUAUAAAUGCUCCGAAUGUGGAAAGAGCUUUAGUAAGAGUGGAAGUCUUACUUCCCAUCAAAGAAUCCAUUCAGGAGAGAAACCAUAUAAGUGUUUGGAAUGUGGAAAGAGCUUCAGUGACAGCCCAGGCCUUACUUCCCAUCAAAGAAUCCAUACAGGAGAGAAACCAUAUAAAUGCUCUGAGUGUGGAAAGAGCUUCAGUCAAAGCUCAAACCUUGCUUCCCAUCAAAGAAUCCACACAGGGGAGAAACCAUAUAAAUGCUCAGAAUGCGGAAUAUGCUUUAGUCAGGGCUCAGGCCUUGCUUUCCAUUAUAGAACCCACACAGGAGAGAAACCAUAUAAGUGCUCUGAGUGUGGAAAGAACUUCAGUAAGAGUGGAAGUCUUACUUCCCAUCAAAGAAUCCAUACAGGGGAAAAACCAUAUAAGUGCUUGGAAUGUGGCAAGAGCUUCAGUCAUAGUACAAAUCUUGUUUCCCAUCAAAGACUCCAUACAGGGGAAAAACCAUAUAAAUGUUCUGAGUGUGGAAAAAGCUUCAGUAGGGGCAGCAGUCUUAUUUCCCAUCAAAGAAUCCACACAGGGGAAAAACCAUAUAUGUGCUUGGAAUGUGGAAAGAGCUUCAGUGAUAGCUCAGGCCUUACAGCCCAUCAAAGAAUCCACACAGGGGAGAAACCGUAUAAAUGCUGUGAGUGUGGAAAGAGCUUCACUCAGAGCUCAAACCUUGCUUCCCAUCGAAGAAUCCACACAGGCGAGAAACAGUAUGAAUGCUCCAGUUGAGGAAAGGGCUUCAGUCAGAAAGUGCACCUUGCUACUCAUCAAAGAAUUGACACUGGGGAGAAACUGUAUAAAUGCUCAGAACAUGGAAAGAGCAUCAGAAAGAGUGUAAGCCUCACUCUGUAUCAAAGAAUGCACAAGGGAGAAACCACAGAAAUGCCUGAAGGGUCAACUCUAGCUUUGCUUCUUUGUAUCCAUCUGAAGGACAACCUCUUGGAGGGUCUGGUCACCUUUGAGGAUGUGGCUGUGGAUUUCUCGGAGGAGGAGUGGGCACUGCUGGAUCCGGGCCAAAGAGCUCUGCACAGGGAAGUCAUGGCGGAGAAUUAUGGACUGGUGGCUUCUCUAGAGAAGGAGAGAUGGAGCCAUGAAGAACAGCAGGAGAGGGGCUCUGAAGGGAUGCAGGAGCAGAGCAUGGAAUUCAUUUCUUCUGAAGAUGUCAACUUGACCAGAAUCCGAGUUCAGGAAAAAAGCCACGAAGGAAAGAAAAGGAUUGAGUUCCUUCAAUGUGCGAAUGACUUGAUUGGCGCAUUAAAUCUCAGCCAACAAGACGGAAUAGAAAAUGGGGAGAAAUGGCAUAGGAAGAGCUCCAGUCUGAGCCAAAACUUUGUUUUACACAAAAAACUGCAUACAGAGGGAAAUCUGCAAAGAAACUCUGAGUGUGUUAAGAGCUUCAGAAAGGAGAGCCACCCUGCAUACCACCAGAUGAUUAAGAAUGGAGAAAAAAUAUAUACCUGCUUGGAGUGUGGAAAGACCUUCAGAAAGAAAGACCGUCUUACUUACCAUCUGAGAAUUCACUCUGGGGAAAAGCCAUACGCCUGUUCAGAGUGUGGAAAGAGCUUCAGGAAGAAGGACCACCUUAUUUCCCAUCAAGGAAUUCACAAGGGGGAGAAACCAUACAUUUGCUCCGAGUGCGGGAAAAGCUUCAGAAAGAAGGACCACCUUGCUUCCCAUCAGGGAAUCCACAAAGGGGAGAAACCAUAUACCUGCUCAGAGUGUGGGAAAAGUUUCAGGAAGAAAGAGUACCUCGCCGGCCAUCAAAGAGUUCACACAGGGGAAAAACCACAUAAAUGCUCUGAGUGUGGAAAAGGCUUCAGUGACCGCUCAGGCCUGACUUCCCAUCACGUAAUCCAUACAGGAGAGAAACCGUAUACAUGCUCAGAGUGUGGGAAGAGCUUUAGUCGUAGUAGAAAUCUUAUCUCCCAUCAGAGAAGUCACACAGGGGAGAAACCAUAUGAAUGCUCUGAAUGUGGAAAGAUCUUCACUAACAUUUCAGGACUUACCUACCAUCAAAGAAUUCACACAGGUGAGAAGCCGUAUAUAUGCCUAGAAUGUGGGAAAAGCUUCUGUCUCAGUUCAGGCCUUGCUUACCACCAAAGAAUCCACACAGGAGAGAAACCAUAUGUAUGCUCAGAAUGCGGGAAAAGCUUCAGUAAUAUUUCAGGCUUUACUUACCAUCAAAGAAUCCACACAGGAGAAAAACCAUUUGCGUGCUCAGAAUGUGGGAAAAGCUUCAGAAAUAAGGGCCAUCUGACUUCUCAUCGAAGAAUUCACACGGGAGAGAAACCUUAUAAAUGCUUAGAAUGUGGAAGAAAUUUCAGACGCAUAACAAAUCUUACUUCCCAUCUUGGGAUCCACUUAGGGGAGAAACCCUAUACAUGCUUAGAGUGCGGAAAGAGCUUCAGAUUGAAGGACUUUCUUACCAGCCAUCAAAGAAUCCACACAGGUGAAAAACCUUAUAAAUGUUCAGAAUGUGGGAAAAGCUUCAGUGACAGCUCAGGCCUCAAUUACCAUAAAAGAGUUCAUACAGGAGAAAAACCACACACAUGCUCAGAAUGUGGGAAGAGCUUCAGAAAGAAGGACCAGCUUACUCAUCAUCAAAGAGCCCACAUAGGAGAGAAGCCAUGUAAAUGA